AUGCAAAUAGACCCCACCUCUGAAGACUCGCCGUCUUUGCUCGAGGAUCUCCAGAUCGAGGACCAGAAUGUGUUCAAGAUCACUGACAAGGGCCCUGACUUUCGUGGGCUCACCUGCUUCGGAGCUGCGGCUUUGGUGGUGAAGACCCAGUUCGGUUUGGGCAUCUUGGGGCUCCCACACACUUUCUACAUUUUGGGGGUCAUUCCUGGCCUCAUAUCGUUGAUAACGCUUUGCAUUCUUACGACGUGGAGUGGCGUGGUGGUGGGCCACUUCCGUCUCCGUCAUCCUCAUACUUACAGUAUUGGCGAUGCUGCAGAGAUCUUGUUUGGGCCUGCUGGAAGAGAGUUCAUGGGCGCUGCUUUCUGGCUUUUCUACACUUUGGCCUACGGCGCCACCGUUCUUACGGUUUCUAUUGCGUUCAACGCUAUCACAUCUCACGCUGCUUGCACCACAGUCUGGACGGCGGUGGGUGCCAUUAUCAGUCUUAUAUUGGGAACGGCUACAAGAACCUUGAAGGUUAUGUCGUGGAUGGGUGUGGCCGCCAUUGUGUCGUUAUUCGUCAGUGUUUGGAUCGUGGCCAUCGCUUGUCUUACUCAAGACACGCCCUCGGCGGCUCCCAAGAAUGAGGCAAUUGAAAAGGGCAUUGCCGCCGUUGCCACGGGGAAAUCGUAUGCGGCUGUUGCUAGCGCUGUGGCUACUCAGCUUGCUGGUCUUAGUGGAACGGCUUCCUUCUUCACAAUCCACACAGAAAUGAGAGACCAGCGUCAGUACAACAAGGCUUUGUACCUUGGGCAGGGCUUUGUCGCUUUCAAUUAUAUUAUCAUCACUUGCAUUGUUUACGCAAAAGUUGGCAAGUAUGUCACAUCUCCCGCCUUGGGGUCUGCUGGUCCGCUCAUCAAGAAGAUCUGUUACGGUAUCGCCUUGCCUGGACUCAUCUUCUCGUGCUUCUUUCUUGCUCACCUUGCUGGGAAGUACUGCUUGGUCAGAAUACUCAGAGGUACUAGGCACCUUCAAAUGAACACUCCAACACACUGGACCACCUGGAUCUCAAUGAUGCUCUUGGCUAUUGUGUUUGGUUUCGUCAUUGCUAGUGCCAUUCCCUUCUUUGGUGACUUAGUGGCGCUUAUUGCCGCCUUGUUCGGUACCACGUUCUCCCUUAUUAUUCCUGGCUUCAUUGCGGUCUACAACUUGGGCAGCAAUGUCAAACGCGAAGGCGACGGUACGUUGUGGUGGUUCAGCGGCUGUAUUAAAGCAUGGAAAAAGAAUCGCUGGAGUGUGAUCAACACUUUGACAGCGGCGUUGUCAGUUUCAUUGGGAGCAUACAUCUUGGUGACCGGAACUUACGGCUCCGUGCAAUCCAUCAUAGAUGGCUAUAGAAAUGGUACUGUUUCUCACGCUUUCGCUUGUGAGGAUAACAGUGGUUAA